AGUUAGUUUAUAUCUGUUAUUUGGAAUGAUCAACACCAGUGAAACAAUUGUUAUCAAGAAAACACGUGUAAUUUGAUUUAAUCCAUUUUAUUUACAGCUAUUUGCAAAAUUAGAAACUGAUGGAAUUCUUACAAUGGGAGCAGCACACACAUACAGACACAUUAUGAGCAAUUUAGUGGUACCAGUGAGCCCAAAUGUGGUAAAAAGAAAAACAUUGCUCUUGGGGGAAACCCACAGAACAUGACGACUCUACACACACAGGGUUAGAGGGGAGUUCUCACCCCCUACCCUGGAGAUGUGUGCCACUGUACACCCACCCCAUAGAUGAUAAAAAAAAAAAAAAAAAAUCUCAAAAAGCACACUCUCAAAGGCUUCUUAUUGCUUCAGAGGACACCAAGAUUGGUGCUGACCCCGGAGAUUUAGUCAGUACUGUGUGCGCAAUGGGAUUCGGGACUGUUGUUAUAAAUGCUGGUAAAAUCGCGACUUCUCUCCAGACCGUGGCUCUGUCUGGACAGAGUACUCAAUAAUGCGGCUCAUCGAAGUUAUUCUGCUUGCACUGCUUGCCAGAGCGCAGGAUCCCUCAUGCAAAUAUUUGGGUAGUGCCGAAGUUCCCGAUCUAUCGAAAGAGGGAGACAUCAUAAUAGGGGGAAUCUUCUCAUAUGACACUUUGAAUAUCGAAGUGAAGCACGAAUUCAACGUUAAACCAACACUUUUCAAAUGCAAGCGGAAGAACUACAGGGAAUAUAAACUUGCCCGUACGAUGGUCUUCACCAUUGCGGAGAUUAACAGGAACAACAAGCUGCUCCCAGGUGUCACACUGGGCUACAGGAUCUACAAUGCCUGUGGAGACACCAACAUCCUCAAUGCGGCGUUGGCGGCUGCAGCUGGGCCGGAGAACUGCAGCAGUGCCAGGAUACAGGCACUCAUCGGCCCCCCCUCAUCGGGAGCCAGUAGCACAGCAGGAAAAGCCAUUGCCCCUUUACACAUUCCACUGAUCAGUCACCUGGCAACCUGUGAUUGUCUGAGUAAUAGAAAACUCUACCCUUCAUUUUUCAGAACUGUGCCCAGUGACCGCUUUCAGGUCAUAGCCCUAGUUGAGCUCUUGAAAUAUUACGGCUGGACAUGGGUGGGGUUUAUCUACAGCAAUGAGAUGUACGCUGAGGAAGGGGCAGCUGCAUUUACAAAGCUUGCAAGGAAGGAGGAGAUUUGUAUUGAAUACAUAACACAGUUCAUUGAUACUGCUCCAGAGGAACAUGUGCUUUCAAUUGCAAAGACAAUAAAAACAUCCACUGCCAAAGUUGUCUUAGCUUUCAUGUCCAUGUCCUUCUUCCGGAAGUUCCUGGAAAUGACAAAGAGUGAAAAUAUUACUGGUAUACAGUGGAUUGGUAGUGAGGCCUGGAUCAUAACAAGAGAUUUAGCAACAGUGGGCAGUGUGAAUUUACUGCAGGGUGCAAUGGGGUUUGCUAUCACUGAAUGCCUUAUCCCAGGACUGAGAGACUUUUUGCUCAGUCUUCGACCAUCAGACCAUCCUGAAAGCAGCUUCACUAGGGUCUUUUGGGAAACAGCGUUUAGUUGUCGCUUGUCUGUCAACAGCAGCUCUGGUUUUUCAAAACUGUGCAAUGAGACAGAGGAUGUAAGGACCAUCACUAAUGACUAUACAGACAUGUCAGAGUCUAGAACUGUCUACAGUGUCUACAAGGGAGUGUAUGCCAUAGCCCAUGCACUGCACAGCCUCCUGGACUGUGUCCAGGGAGAGAACCCCAUCACUGGAGAGCCAUGCUCUAAGAAGGAUGACAUUCAGCCAUGGCAGGUAUUACGCCAUUUGAAGAUAAUAAAUUUUAUCACCCAUUGUGGGGACAAAGUUUAUUUUGAUGAAAAUGGAGCUUCUGUCCCUCAGUAUGAUUUAGUGAACUGGCAAAUUGACACAAAAGGUUUUGUCAGAAUCAUCAAUGUUGGCCGGUAUGAUGCGUCGUUACCAAGUGGACAGAGACUUAAGAUAAAGCAGAAUGUCAGUAUUGUUUGGACUGGAAACCAAGACAAGGUUCCGCAGUCUGUUUGCACAGAGAGCUGCCUGCCUGGAACACGAAAAGCUUUAAAUAAGAGAAGGCCUGUGUGCUGCUUUGACUGCAUACACUGCGCUGAGGGAGAAAUUAGCAACCAGACAGACUCCGUCACCUGUAUUCAGUGCCCUGAUGAAUAUUGGUCCAAUGAAAAUAGAGACCAGUGUGUUUCAAAAGUUACAGAAUUCCUGUCCUAUGAUGAGAUUAUGGGGACGCUGCUUCUUGCCUUUGCUUGCUUUGGGGCACUUUUAGCUCUGAUAAUGUUGGCUGUGUUCCUGCACUCAAAAAACACGCCCAUCGUCAGAGCCAACAACUCUGAGCUGAGCUUCCUGCUGCUCUUUUCCCUGACCCUCUGUUUCCUCUGCUCACUCACUUUCAUCGGCCGACCCUCUCACUGGUCCUGUAUGCUGCGCCACACGGCGUUUGGGAUCACCUUUGUCCUCUGCAUCUCUUGUGUUCUGGGGAAAACAAUAGUGGUGUUAAUGGCCUUCAGGGCUACACUCCCAGGCAGUAAUGUCAUGAAAUGGUUUGGACCUUCUCAGCAGAGGCUCAGUGUCCUUGCAUUCACUCUCAUACAGGUGCUAAUUUGUGUGCUCUGGUUAACAUUAUCCCCUCCUUUCCCCAACAAGAACAUGAAGUACUACAAAGACAAGAUCAUUCUAGAGUGUGAUGUGGGGUCAGCAGUGGGCUUCUGGGCUGUGCUGGGGUACAUUGGUCUCCUCUCUGCCCUGUGCUUUGUACUGGCUUUUCUGGCCAGGAAGCUGCCUGACAACUUCAAUGAAGCCAAAUUCAUCACCUUCAGCAUGCUCAUAUUCUGUGCAGUCUGGAUCACCUUUAUCCCAGCUUAUGUCAGCUCACCUGGGAAGUUCACUGUGGCUGUUGAGAUUUUUGCCAUUUUGGCUUCCAGUUUUGGUCUGCUUUUCUCUAUUUUUCUACCCAAAUGUUAUAUUAUUAUUUUUAAGCCUGAACUAAAUUCAAAGAAGCAUUUAAUGGGCAAAAUGGCAUCAAAAUCUCUGUAAUUUCAUUAAGAAAAAAAUGAAUUUCAAUACAUUUCCCAACUCUUGCUUUUUACUACCCUCAUAUUUUGGUUUGUAUAUUGGGAAUAAACACUCUGUUCUUUUAUAAUAUUCUCAUAUUUUGGAUUGUAAUCUUGCAGAAAUGUGACCAGAGAUAUUUUCUGAAGACAUAAUAAAUAAAAUCAUUCUUUACUCUUUCCUUC